GAAAAAGAAGAAUUUAUUCACUCAAGACUAAAAGCAAAGGGCCUGGGCCUGAGAACUGAAUCAGGUCAAAAGGCAACACUGAAUGCAGAAGAAAUGGCUGACUUUUAUAAGGAAUUUCUGAGUAAAAAUUUUCAGAAGCACAUGCAUUAUAACAGGGACUGGUACAAGCGUAACUUUGCCAUCACCUUCUUCAUGGGCAGAGUGGCCCUGGAGAGGGUUUGGAACAAGCUGCGACCGAAGCGGAAGACCAGCAGCUAGGAGCCCACCCAGCCACCCCGACCUGCGCGCCAAGCUUGGCGGGAAGCGGCUGGUUCUCGGAGCGUGUUCCCGGGGAUCUAACCAGAGCGUGUUCCCGGGGAUCUAACCAGAGCGUGUUCCCGGGAUCUCAC